AUGGCCGCUGUUGCAACCCUCAGCUUUGUAGAAGCCCAGAAAGUUCUUGACACUUGGGCAGUGACAGGUGGACCGACUGAGCAAGAACAAAUCCAAUACGCGAACGCUGCGCUCAAGGAACUAGACAACGAAGAUCAGGUCAAGAAAUUUCAAGACAAUGUUAAGCAGGUCGGUGUUUGGGCCAAUCAACUUGAUACGGCUUUCGACCACGUAACUCGCGGCUUCGAGGACAUGGUUGCGAAGUACGGCAAAGACUUCCCGGAUAUUUCUGCCUACCUCAACGAAUGGAAAGGCUACAAGGGGAACUGGGUGCAAUAUCUAUUGGACUCGCGCGAUGUCGCGUCCAAAAACAUCACACUUCUCAAACGCUUUGACCAGAUUUUCCUUGACAUGGUGGAAAACAUUCAGACUGAUCAGGAUCGCCUGGAUGUCAUGAAGGAACUUGAACAAUUUAUUGACGAAAAGCAUGAUGAUUCUGUGCAGUUGUCACAAAAUUUCCUUAACCUGAAACGUGAUAUCGAGGCCUUUGUCGACAAAUUUGACCAGUGGAUUGUCGAAAAAGGAGUUGAGCUUGAAGUGGAAGCGAAGCAAUUGAAACAGCAAAUUGCAGGUCUUCAGGGAGAAGUCGAAACUUUGGACAAGAAAAUCAAGGAUGCCACUACCGCACUCGCGAUUACUGGCGGGUGUCUUUGUAUUAUUGGAGUAGUUGUCGCUGGCUCUGUUCUUGCUGUAUAUCAAUCGCAGCGUAAUAGUAAGGUGGAGGAACUUCAAGUCAAACGAAAUGCACUCGAGGACGUCAACCGGAAGCAACAAAAUCUAGCUCACCUCAAAACCGAGUUCGAUGGCUUCAAGCCUGAUAUUUCGUUAAUUUGCGAGAAGCUGGUCUUAUUUGCCGAAAUAUGGUCUUCGGUUCGUAGCCAAGCUGUACAAUUCCAGGAGCAUAUCAAAGGAGGAAUGGUCGCACUUACAAGCCUUAGGUUCAAGAGGGAGGUUCAACUCGCCAGAGCAGUAUCUAAGCCCCUCAUGGAAGGUCUGGCGAAAUAUGCCACUGAACUCGACAGCCGUGGUAAGGCAAACAAGUAA